UCUCGGUUGUACAGCGGUGGCCAAGGCAAACCAGAACGCGCAGGACUGACACACUCCUCUACGUCAGUGGCGGUGGUCGGCUGUUAUUUGACGAUAAGUUAUUGUUGAUUAAGUUCGGUCCGAGGUAGUUGUUUGUAUGUUGUUGUCGCUAUUCACUCGUAUUCUAUACAGUUAUAUAUUUUUGACGAGGUUGCCGAAAACUCGAUCCCGGGGUAGUUCCGUUUACAUUUGUUCACUCUAUUAAUGCAUGUCUCGAAAGCGGUUUUUAUAUAUUACUUUUAACGGGAAUGUAUUGCAUGUUUCUUUUAGGUCUUGUUUGCGUCUGUCACGCAGUUUGAAAUAAACACACCCGGUCGAAUCAUUACACAUUCCGCUUAUUCUGCAAAGUUUUAAAUAACCAUUUUAUCUGGCAGAAGCACGCGUGGUGUGUUUGGGGCCAUGCGACGCCCUUAACUAGUUGAGCAGUGAUGUUAUCCCCCUACUCGUGUUACAUUCCAGUCCGCCACGAGCUCUAUAUGCUGGGGGCCUCCUUGGGUGCGCGCCACAGUUCAACGUUCUCCAUUCUCAAAAUAGUUAGCCUCGCUUGUUGACCAGGUCCCCAACGUUUUGACCAAAGCUUGUUUGCUUGUGCCACUGUCUGUCUGUUCGACUUGUCUCAUCAAAAUACAAAGUGAGUGUCUCUGUGGCCUCCAUCAUCUCCCUGUGUGUGUGUGUGUGUGUGUGUGACCCCGACCCCAACCUGAAUGUUUGUGGAUGACUGCGUGUCCUUGUGUAUCCUGGUGUGUGUCUUAGUGUGUGUUUGCGUCCUGUUGUCGUUGCUGCCGGGCCUCUCGCUGGUGUCUGACCCGUGUCCUGUCUCCGUGCAGCAUGAACUGAAGUCUUCGCCAAGCGACAAGGUCUGUCAGUUCAUAUCCUUUACGCAGGUGGGGGAGAAAACUGCUGCCCACCGCCUGACCCAGAAUGACUGGGAACUAGACGUGGCCACUGACAACUACUUUCAGAACCCAGACCUCUACUGUCAGGACUCCAUGAAAACCCCCGUCGAGAAGAAGAAGCUGGAACAGCUCUACAACCGCUACAAAGAUCCCCAGGAUGAGAAUAAGAUCGGCGUCGAUGGCAUCCAACAGUUCUGCGAUGACCUUGCCCUGGACCCGGCUAGCAUUAGCGUCCUGGUUGUGGCGUGGAAGUUCAGAGCCGCCACCCAGUGCGAGUUCAGCAGGAAGGAGUUCUUGGACGGCAUGUCUGAAUUGGGGUGUGACAGCCUUGAGAAACUGAAGGCUCAUCUUCCAAGGUUAGAACAAGAGCUGAAAGACAGCGGCAAGUUCAAGGAUUUCUACCAGUUCACCUUCAACUUCGCCAAGAACCCUGGACAGAAGGGACUAGAUCUAGAAAUGGCGGUGGCUUAUUGGAACCUGGUACUGACAGGACGCUUUAAGUUUCUGGACCUCUGGAAUAGAUUCUUAUUGGAACACCAUAAAAGAUCGAUUCCCAAAGACACUUGGAACCUCCUCUUGGAUUUUGGCAACAUGAUCGCAGACGACAUGUCAAACUAUGACGAGGAGGGGGCGUGGCCAGUUCUCAUAGACGACUUUGUGGAAUUCGCCCGGCCGAUCUUAACGGGAUCAAAGCGAAAAACCCACUGAUCAAACUCAAGUCUUAGAACAGGGGCAGCACUUUUGUUUCCUCUUUUUUGUGUGGCAUAAAAAAAAGGUUUAAACAGAAAUCAGAGAAACAAUUGUAACUGUAACUGAAAAACAAUUAGGUAACCAUCUAUCAGGGAGAAGCAAGAGGGAACCAAAGGAACAAAACCAGGAGCAUCGCUGGAUUUUAUUCCUGUCCUUCUUUGGUGGGAGUUCCCACACGCACAUCUCCAGCAGGUGACCUUAGCAGAACAUAUCCCAUGCUGGAGAUUGGCCAAGAAAACAUCUUUAGAAUAUCAGUGUUUCUGCCCAGGCUUCUUCAGAAUCUGAAGAUUUCUCUGAAGAGGAGCAGAAAAUAAACACGCUACCUACCCUGGCACAGCCAGAAUUUCUCUUACUCUAAAGAACGGCAAAAACAUUGACGGUAGGAGAUCGGCUCUGGGAAUUGAAGAUUUGCAAAUGAGAAAGACACGUGUUUUGAGUUGAUUGUUGUUAGUUAUCUUUCUGUGGCACAUGGGGUUCUGUGGAGACUGUUCAGAACAGCCCUGCAACCCAUGACUCCCCAACCCACCGCCAACAAAACUGUUACAGUUAUAUAUAAAUAAUAUACAUAGUGUUCUAAAACAUUUAUGUACAGAGAGAAUUAUAUGAAGAAUAAUAUAAGUUAUCUUUGUGUAAAUAAAAGGCCUGGUAUAUUAUUGGAUUUGAACUGGUAGGUCUGGUUAUCAACUUUUGGAAAACUGGGUUUUGGAAAAGAAUGUGCUUUGUACUAUUGUUCACAUGACUGUAGGGGGAAGGAUAAUUUAUUCUGACCUGAAAGAACUGAAAUACUGCUGUUUUUAUUUUCUACCUGUUUUUAUAUAUAUAUUUUGCUGAAGUGUGUUGGGUAAUUAAGGACACAUUGGUGCAUACAUCCCAAGUAGGACCGGAUCAACAGUUCAGAACUACUAAUCAGUCACUAGGGGGCACUGUUUGUUACACGUCUGUGAGAGGAAGGAUUGCUUGCUGGACAGGGUUACGUAUGCUGAAAAUAAUAUUGACCUAUCCCAGCUUCUGGGGCCAGAAUUGUACUGUGUAGAAUUUUACUGAGGGUAAUUGUGCCACGAAAGUUUGGUGUACUGUUUUGUAGCAGCACCUGUUGCUGCGGUCAGUGGCUACUUAACGGCAGAAGUGAUGGCAUGGACAUCGUUUGCAAUGCGAAGCAGUCCAAAAAUAUAUAUUACAUCCAAAUGUUUAACCCCGCCAUCCGCUACAAAAUCCAAAGCUAACAUGUACCCUUGCUUGGGUUGAAUCUAGGCUGUCAGUCUCUUGGCUGGGAAGCUAGUGGCAGCAGAUGGGAAGGACGGAACGUGUACUUGCAAAUAUUGACAUUAACGUUCACUGUUUCCGAAGGGGGAUGACUCAAACAAUCAGUUUUAAUUUUUGAAUGGGUGUUUUUUGGCAUGGAUACCAUGGUUAAAUACAGAACAACCAGAACCAGAGUCCAGUAAAUGCAUAUUGCAAUAUUGGGUCUAGAAGCUUGGGUAAUGAUACACUGCGGGCUAUUUAUGCACUAUCAGUACCCAUAUGAUCAAGCUGUUUACUGUUUGUCAUUUACCAGUAUUGUUAAUCUCAGAAGGAAAACUGAAUAAAGAAUGUUUUUAUCA